AUGUUCAACCCGAUGACCCCGCCGCCAGUCAGUAGCUAUGGCGAGCCCUGCUGUCUCCGGCCCCUCCCCAGUCAGGCCCCCAGCAUGGGGACAGAAGGACUGCCUGGUCUGCCCUUCUGCCACCAGGCCAACCUCAUGUCUGGCCCCCACAGUUAUGGGCCAGCUAGAGAGACCAACAGCUGCACCGAGGCCCCACUCUUCCCUCCUCCCCGAGGUUCAGUCAAGUUGACCAAGAAGCGGGCACUCUCCAUCUCGCCUCUGUCAGACGCCAGCCUGGAUCUGCAGACAGUUAUCCGCACCUCACCCAGCUCCCUUGUGGCCUUCAUCAACUCACGCUGUGCAUCUCCCGGGGGCUCCUAUGGUCACCUCUCCAUCGGCACCAUGAGCCCCUCUCUGGGAUUCCCACCCCAGAUGAAUCACCAAAAAGGGACCUCGCCUUCCUUCGGGGUCCAGCCCUGUGGUCCCCAUGACCCCACUCCAGGUGGGAUGAUGCCGCAUCCUCAGUCCCGGGGACCCCUCCCAGCUUGCCAGCUGAAGUCUGAGCUGGACCUGCUGGUUAGCAAGUGCCCAGAGGAGCCCUUGGAGGGCGAUAUGUCCAGCCCCAACUCCGCAGGCACACAGGAUCCCCUGCUGGGGAUGUUGGAUGGGCGGGAGGACCUGGAGAGAGAGGAGAAGCCUGAGCCUGAGUCUGUGUAUGAGACUGACUGCCGCUGGGAUGGCUGUAGCCAGGAAUUUGACUCCCAGGAGCAGCUGGUGCACCACAUCAACAGUGAGCACAUCCAUGGGGAGCGGAAGGAGUUCGUGUGCCAUUGGGGGGGCUGCUCCAGGGAGCUGAGGCCCUUCAAAGCCCAGUACAUGCUGGUCGUGCACAUGCGCAGACACACGGGGGAGAAGCCACACAAGUGCACGUUUGAGGGGUGCCGGAAGUCAUACUCACGCCUCGAAAAUCUGAAGACGCACCUGCGGUCACACACGGGUGAGAAGCCGUACAUGUGUGAGCACGAGGGCUGCAGUAAAGCCUUCAGCAAUGCCAGUGACCGAGCCAAGCACCAGAAUCGGACCCACUCCAAUGAGAAGCCGUAUGUUUGUAAGCUCCCUGGCUGCACCAAACGCUACACAGAUCCCAGCUCGCUCCGGAAACACGUCAAGACAGUGCAUGGUCCUGAUGCCCAUGUGACCAAGCGGCACCGAGGAGACGGCCCCCUGCCCAGGGCACCGUCCCUGUCCACAGUGGAGCCCAAGAGGGAGCGGGAUGGAGGCCCCAUCAGGGAGGAGAGCAGACUGACCGUGCCGGAGGGGGCCGUGAAGCCACAGCCCAGCCCUGGGGCCCAGUCGUCCUGCAGCAGCGACCACUCCCCAGCAGGCAGUGCGGCCAAUACAGAUAGUGGUGUGGAAAUGACCGGAAAUGCAGGGGGCAGCACUGAGGACCUGUCCAGCUUGGAUGAGGGGCCUUGCAUUGCUGGCACUGGUCUGUCCACUCUUCGACGCCUUGAGAACCUCAGACUGGACCAGCUACAUCAACUUCGGCCGAUGGGGCCUCGGGGCCUCAAACUGCCCAGCCUGACCCAUACUGGCACCGCUGUGUCCCGCCGCCUGGGCCCCCCAGUUUCUCUUGACCGCCGCAGCAGCAGCUCCAGCAGCGUCAGUUCAGCCUAUACCGUCAGCCGCCGCUCCUCCCUGGCCUCCCCUUACCCCCCUGGUUCCCCGCCCGAGAACGGGGCAUCCUCUCUGCCCGGCCUCACCCCUGCCCAGCACUACCUGCUCCGGGCAAGAUAUGCUUCAGCUAGGGCAGGUGGUACCCCACCCACGGCAGCACCCAGCCUGGAUCGGAUGGGGAGCCUUCCUGCACCUCCCUGGAGAAGCCGAGCUGAGUAUCCAGGAUACAACCCCAGCGUAGGGGUUACCCGGAGGGCCAGUGACCCGGCCCGGGCUGUUGACCGCCCUGCCCCAGCCAGAGUCCAGCGGUUCAAGAGCUUGGGCUGUGUCCACAUGCCCCCCACCAUGGCAGGGGGAGGACGGAACUUCGAUCCCCAACUCCCAACCGCCGUCUACUCACCACAGCCCCCCAGCAUCACUGAGAAUGUCGCCUUGGAUACCAGAGGGCUGCAGGAGGAGCCAGAAGGUGGGACCUCCAUGAUAGGCAGUGGCCUAAACCCCUAUAUGGACUUCCCAUCCACUGAUACUUUGGGAUAUGGGGGACCUGAGGGGGCAGCGGCUGAACCUUAUGGAGCUAGGGGUCCAGGCUCCCUGACUCUUGGGCCUGGUCCACCCACCAAUUAUGGGCCAAACCCCUGUCCCCAGCAGGUCUCCUAUCCUGAACCCCCCCCCCGAACCUGGGCUGAGUUCCCUUCCCACUCCGGGCUGUACCCAGGCCCCAAGGCUCCAGCUGGAGUCUACAGUCAGUGUCCUCGUCUUGAACAUUACGGACAAGUACAGGUCAAGCCAGAACAGGGGUGUCCAGUGGGUUCUGAUUCCACAGGACUGGCGCCCUGCCUCAAUGCUCAGCCCGGUGAUGGGCCUCCUCGCCCACAGCCUCUGUUCUCCCACUACCCCCAGCCUCCGCCUCCCCAAUAUCCCCAGGCAGGUGCCUAUACCCAGCCACCCCCUGAUUAUCUUCCUUCAGAGCCCAGGCCUGGCCUGGAUUUUGAUUCCCCCACUCACUCCACAGGGCAACUCAAGGCUCAGCUGGUGUGUAAUUAUGUUCAGUCUCAACAGGAACUGCUCUGGGAGGGUGGGGGCAGGGGAGAUCCCCCAGUCCAGGAACCUCUCUACCAGAGUCCCAAGUUUCUAGGGGGUUCCCAGGUUAGCCCAAGCCCUGGCAAGGGUCCAAUGGCCACAUAUGGACCUGGCUUUGCACCUAACUUGCCCAAUCACAAGUCGGGCUCCUAUCCCGCCCCUCCACCCUGCCAUGAAAAUUUUGCAGUGGGGGCAAACAAGGCCCCCCAUAGGGCAACAGCACCACCCCGACUUCUGCCCCCACUGCCCACUUGCUAUGGGACCCUCAAGGCAGGGAGCACCAACCCCAGUUGUGGUCAUCCUGAAGUGGGCAGGCUGGGAGGGGGUCCUGCCUUGUACGCUCCUCCUGAAGGGCAGGUGUGCAACCCUCUGGACUCUCUUGACCUUGACAACACUCAGCUGGACUUUGUGGCUAUUCUGGAUGAGGCCCAGGGGCUGAGUCCUCCCCCUUCUCAUGAUCAGGGGGACAGCUCUGAACGCACCCCACCUCCCUCUGGGCCCCCCAACAUGGCUGUGGGCAACAUGAGUAUCUUACUGGGAUCCCUGCCUGGGGAGACACAAUUCCUCAACUCUAGCACCUGA